ACGUUUCCUCCUCCAAGUUACCUUUCGCCCUCGGGACGUCGUGACGUUGCGUUCCUCGCGUCGUCGCCUCUUCCCUCUUCCUUUCCCUCUCCAGAAGCUCAGUCCCAGACUUCCGAGGACCUUUUACGACGUUGGGUCUGAGUCGGUCUCGGCGCCGGGUCCACUUUUCGGCAAAGUGACGUGGACGUCAACAGCAAUGGCGGAAGGCGAAGAGGUCCUGCCACUGCCAACGCCGGGCGGCGACGGCUGGGAAAAAGAUCUUGAAGAAGCUUUGGAAGCAGGAGGUUGUGAUCUUGAAACUUUGAGAAAUAUAAUUCAAGGGAGACCACUGCCUGCUGAUCUGAGGGCUAAAGUUUGGAAGAUUGCUCUAAAUGUUGCAGGAAAAGGAGAUAGUUUGGCAUCAUGGGAUGGUAUUUUAGACCUGCCAGAACAGAACACUAUUCACAAAGAUUGUCUGGAGUUUAUUGACCAGCUUUCAGUGCCCGAAGAGAAGGCAGCAGAAUUACUUUUGGAUAUUGAAUCUGUAAUUACCUUUUAUUGUAAAUCACGUAACAUUAAAUAUAGCACGUCCCUUAGCUGGAUACAUCUACUCAAACCGUUGGUGCGUCUUCAACUGCCACGCAGCGAUUUAUACAACUGCUUUUAUGCUAUCAUGAAUAAGUACAUUCCCAGGGAUUGUUCCCUGAAGGGGAGACCAUUUCAUCUUUUCCGAUUACUCAUCCAGUACCAUGAGCCAGAGCUUUGUUCUGUUCUUGAUACAAAGAAAAUUACUCCAGACUCCUAUGCACUCAACUGGCUUGGAAGUCUUUUUUCCUGUUACUGUUCCAUUGAAGUCACUCAGGCAAUAUGGGAUGGAUAUCUACAACAAGCAGAUCCAUUUUUUAUUUAUUUCUUAAUGUUAAUAAUCCUUGUUAAUGCAAAAGAAGUCAUUUUGGCACAGGAGUCUGACAGCAAAGAAGAAGUUAUCCAGUUCUUGGAAAAUACUCCAUCCAGUUUGAAUCUAGAAGAUAUAGAAGACCUUUUCUCUCUGGCUCAGUAUUAUUGCAGUAAAACACCAGCUUCAUUUAGGAAGGAUAAUCACCAUCUCUUUGGUAGUACUUUGUUGGGAAUUAAGGAUGACGAUGCAGAUUUGAGUCAGGCACUUUGUCUGGCCAUCUCCGUGUCAGAGAUCCUUCAAGCAAAUCAGCUUCAAGGGGAAGGAGUCCGGUUCUUUGUGGUGGAUUGCCGUCCUGCAGAACAGUAUAACGCUGGGCAUUUAUCAACUGCUUUCCACUUAGAUUCAGAUCUGAUGCUCCAGAAUCCGUCUGAGUUUGCACAGUCAGUAAAAUCCCUGCUGGAAGCACAGAAGCAGUCCAUUGAGUCUGGCUCCAUCGCUGGUGGGGAGCACCUCUGUUUCAUGGGCAGUGGCAGAGAGGAAGAAGACAUGUAUAUGAACAUGGUCCUGGCACACUUUUUACAGAAAAACAAAGAAUAUGUGAGCAUUGCCAGUGGAGGAUUUAUGGCACUGCAGCAGCACCUAGCAGACAUUAAUGUGGAUGGACCAGAAAAUGGAUAUGGCCAUUGGAUUGCUAGUACCUCAGGCUCAAGGAGCAGUAUCAAUUCUUCUGUUGAUGGUGAAUCUUCUAAUGGCUCAAAUGAUAGAGGAAUGAAAUCACUAGUAAAUAAAAUGACUGUUGCUUUGAAGACAAAAUCCGUUAAUGUCAGGGAAAAAGUUAUCAGUUUUAUUGAGAAUACAUCAACUCCUGUGGACCGAAUGUCUUUCAAUCUUCCUUGGCCAGACAGAACAUGUACCGAGCGGCAUGUGAGCAGCAGUGACAGAGUGGGCAAGCCUUACCGUGGUGUAAAGCCUGUUUUCAGCAUUGGGGAUGAAGAAGAAUACGACACAGAUGAAAUUGACAGUUCUUCAAUGUCAGAUGAUGACAGAAAAGAGGUUGUAAACAUUCAGACUUGGAUAAACAAGCCAGAUGUCAAGCAUCAUUUUCCUUGUAAAGAAGUGAAAGAAAGUGGACACAUAUUUCCUAGUCAUCUGUUGGUUACUGCAACACAUAUGUACUGUUUAAGGGAGAUUCUUUCACGGAAAGGAUUGGCUUAUAUACAGUCUCGACAAGCACUAAAUUCUGUGGUUAAAAUAACAUCCAAAAAAAAACAUCCUGAGCUAAUUACCUUCAAGUAUGGAAACAGCAGCACUUCAGGAAUAGAAAUCUUGGCAAUCGAAAGGUAUUUGAUUCCAAAUGCAGGAGAUGCUACCAAAGCCAUAAAACAACAGAUCAUGAAAGUUUUGGAUGCUUUGGAAAGUUAA